UCUGAUGUUUACGGACGAGCUGCCUUUGUUUGCGAGGGGCACCCUACCUAUAUCCAGUACUGUCCUCAGCCAGGAUCUCUGCCUUUGAGAUCCAGUCUCCACUUCCCUGUCAUCGUCUUUAACAACUACGGAGACCGGUUCCAUCCUGAACCACCGUCAACAUGCCUCUCCCAUCAAAGUCAAGCGACCUGAUCCUCGUCGGUCAUAACCCGAUUCAGGACUCUGAUGGUCAACUCACAGCCGGCUCCGUUCGCCGACUUAGCACCAUCUCGACAGACUCAGACUAUGAACUCAUCCACUUUGGCGAACCUCAUGACUUCUCCCAAGCAGAGGUAGAUGAUGACGCCUCCGAACAUGAUAAUGCCUCCACAGUAUCAGACAACUCUCACAUCUCUCUGACUCCCGCCUUCUACCACCAUCACAUCUCCCCUUACGGCCGCCGCUACCACGGUUUCCAGUCGUCCUGCGGCUACAUCCUUCCUAACGACCCUCCCGAACAGGAUCGGGAGGACCUUCUGCACCUUUUGUCAUUGGAUCUCAUCUACGGCCGCCACUUCCUGUCCCCCAUCGGCGACAACCUCAACAAGAUUCUGGAUCUUGGCUGCGGAACAGGCAAAUGGACAGUGGAGAUUGCCGACAAGUUCCCGUUCGCAAAGGUGGUGGGAGUGGAUUUGAGCCCAAUCCAACCGGUCCUGAGUCCGGAGAAUGUGGAGUGGUGGGUUGAUGAUAUUGAGGAUGAGGAGGAAAACUUUUUUGAGACAGAGAGGAAUGAUUACGAUCUCGUACAUGCCAGAUACCUACUUUCCACGGUAGUUGAUCCUGCGGGACUGAUAUGGAAAUGCUUCGACCAGGCGGUUGGAUUGAAACGCAGGACCUCCACCCUCGGAUCAUGUCCGACGAUAAUUCCAUUCCCGCAAAAGACACGUAUCCGCCCGCGCAGUUUAUGGACUUGGCACACAUAGCUUGGGCUCAAGCAGGCGUCGAUUGCCGCAUCACCCCCCAGAUAGGAGAGAUGAUGGAGGGAGCCGGCUUCGUCAACGUGACUUGUAGACAGUUUAGGGUGCCGCUGGGCCCAUGGCCUAGGGACGAGUAAGGAGCCCCUUUCAGUUCCAUCCCCAGCCCCCCAAAG